CGUUGUUCAUCUGAGAUCUUCCUACUUGUAGCUACAAGCUGCUAGUCCUUCGAGGUCAGAAGCCUGAUAGAAAGCGAUCAAGCUUAGUCAGAGGUGCUGCGAAACAAAUCGCUCCAUCUGACAUUCCGCAUAAGACACUGCAAACGCUUCGCUUGGCUUCAGACUUCUGUCGUCGUUGCAGUGUAUUUUUUGUUGGGCGUUUCAUAAUCCCGAACAGCUGUAGACUGGAGAGCGAUCCAUACCUUCUCUGCUUUGUUCUUGCAGAUGUCAACAGAAAAAGGUGAAAACGAUUCGGAUUGGUUGAGCUGGUUCAUCAGGCCAGGAUUUUCAGUCCACAGCGCCACAGAUUUUAUGGGACACUGACAGUCACUGCUAGGCGGGAGUGGAGUAUCUUGAAUCUGUCUGGAGAUUGGUCGCCUUUAUCCUCAGCUCCGCUAGCAGAGAGAGAGAGAGAGAGAUAAUAUAUAGGGAGCCAAGUAAGUAACAGUUGGUUUAGCGAUACCGGAUAGUCAUCGCGCACUCAGCUCAGCUCGGACUCUUUCAGAACGAAAGAAGAGGCUGUCUGGUCCCUAGCUGAUGCCCUCUAGGCUAGCCUCCGCUAUCUCCCUUGUCCGCACGUCGUAUCAUAUGUGGUACGGAGUAGACUACAACUGCAGGGUAUCCAUUCCGUGCUUGGCGUUAUUCGCUUUAGUUUAGUCCAGCAGAUCGAGCAGAUCAGUUCAACCGGGUGCAGCAGUGCAGCCAGCUCGUGUCCAGAAAAUGUCAUCGUCUUCACAAGAGCUCGACGAGGACCAAAUCGUCGCGUGUGAGCAGGCGGCCAUGCAGGCGCUGAUCUCGACCAUCAGCGACACGAUCGACGCCAGCCACAUGCUCAUGUACUUCCAGCAGGAGAAAAUCAUCGAUCCCAAGGAGAAGGAGGCCAUCAAGAGAGGCCAUCCGACGCGAGACGAGCUCAACACUCGAUUUUUGGACUUGGUUUGCUAUCAGAAGUUCAACUUGGGUAACAUUACUGCCUACCAGUGCUUUGUGCGCUAUUGUAUCAAGAACAGAGCUUAUCCCAAGCUCAAAGAAAAGCUGUGCCGCGAGUUUGAGAAGCAGAAAGCGCCAACCGACGCGCCAGCGCCAUACGUUGCCCGUGUCAGCUCGCCCAGCGAGGGUUACGAGCCGGACCGCGUGUCCAUCACGUCCAACUCCACCGACGCGUCUCCGUUCUCACGGCCUGGCUCCUCGCGUCUGCCCAACGAUAGCAUGAGCAGCUGGUCGGCCAUGUCAACGCCAAACUCGUCGGGUCGCCAGUCGGCAACGCCGGCCACGGACUUCUCGCCAGGGCAGACAUCCGUGACUCCCGUCACUCCCGUGCAGCGAACAAUGCCGCCGGUCAGAGCGGUUGACGACGGGCAAGGCGCCCGAAAGCUCAUCCCCGAAAAGGUAGUGUUCCCACCACUGGCCGAUACACUGCCGUCGCCACCGCGAGCACAACCCUCUGCUGCUGUUGUUGGUGCUGCUGCUGGUGGUAGUGGUGGUGGUUCCGGCAAUGUACCAGCGGCAUUGUUCACGCCGUCGCGAGCUCCUCAUUUCAACGUGCAGAACCUGCCGUCCCGCCAGCCCACCUCCACCCUAUCUCUAUCACCGUCAUCGUCCUCGUCGUCCAUGUCCAUGUCGACUUCCAGGCAGGGCUCUCUUGUAGCAAAGGAGAGUGUGUCGUCAUCGUCAGCCUCCGAUGGCAGUGACAUGUACAAGUCACGCUCAUCUCCAUCAAGUGCUCAGGCGGUGUAUCGUGAAAGUCCCUGCGGCCAGCCAUCUUAUGCAGAACGUGCAUUUCAACCAGGAACCGAAUCCGUGACACCUGCGUUGGAUGCAACCGCCGCCUGGGUGCGCUCAACAGGAAACCCUUAACCAAGCCGUCCUUUCCUUUACUGUGUAUGGAUUGCGGAUGUGAUUGCCGUGGCCAUGUGUGAGCGAUGCUGCGUUGACCAGGUAGAGGCUGCUAGUCAAGGCCAGAUGGCUUACUCAAGGCUAGAUGGAUUACGUUAGAUACGAUGGUGUAUCAGAUAGGUACUACCGCUCUUUGUCAGCACUUGCCUUUCACGUGUUUUCUGUGUGUGUGCGUGCGUGCGCGUGUGUGUGUGUGUGUGCGUGUUAUGAUGUGUUAUGGUGUGUCACAGGCACAUUCAAGCAUACAAACAUACAAACACACACACAUACACUCAUGAUUUUCUUCCCUUGAGCUCUCACUUUGCCGUAUAGAAUAAACUGAGAGACUGGACCGCUACACUACAAGUCCGCAUCGCUGCUACAUAUUAUAUUCACACGUCUGCACAGGCUGUCACAAAACUGUGGUAUGAGUGUGCAUGAGGCUUGCUCGGUGCAGCGAAGAAUACAGUGUCAGCCAGUUUGGUCUGCACUGCCGCUGCACAGUGCUACUGUGUAGGCAAUGCUUAUGCUUGCCAAUGGCAGGCGACCGUGCGCUUUCAUGCCUGCCCAUCAUCAGCUACACAAGGUCAUGCUUUCUAUUUUUCACUUCCUCCUUGCACUUCCAUUAUUUUGAGACCAAAGCAAGCAUGUGUUGGUA